UCAAGACUUACAACAUUUAACAAAAAAUCAUUCAAAAUUUAAAAAAGUUCCACUAGUAAUUCAGGAUUCCCUCCUUUUUUCAUGUUACCGCCUAAGCUAAACAAACUCAUCCCUGGGAGAUUAUAAAAUCCCCAACCCUUUCCUCUUUUGCCCUACACAUUCUUCAAUCACAUGUCUUGUUCAUCCUCCUCUUAUGGCAGUCUCCUUUCUUCAUAUUCCUUUUUUCCUUCCUAAUGUGUCAGUCUCCUUUCUUCAUAUUCUUUUUUCCUUCCUACUUCUUGGAGGCAUGCAAACAUAAUGAAUAUCACUGACAUAAAUACCAAGAAGUUGAACAACAAAUCAAGGCAACUUAUUGGUGAAGAGCUUCUAAGACAUUCAAAACAAAAUACAUGUGGUUCAUACUCAACUUAGAGAGGACUGAUCAACAAGUUGGCUGUAGAAUUUAAUGUGUCUAGAAAAAUAGUUAGUAAGAUAUGAGCCAUUGGAAAGAAAUAAUUAGAGCAGGGGGUUGUCAUUGAUGUGAGAAUCAGAAUGAUUGGUAACAGUGGCACAAAGAAGGAAAACAUGGAUGUAAAAGCUAUUGCAGACACUCCCCUCAUGAAGAGGGGUACUGUAAGAUCAUUAGCAACUGCCAUUGGCAAGCGAAAGUCAAUUGUGCAUGAGUGGAUAAAAAGAGGUAUGUUUAGGAGUCAUUCUAAUGCUAUAAAAACAUACUUAACUAAUAUUAAUAAACUUUCAAGGUUGAGUUUCUCUUUAGAGCUGGUUGAACCUUCAGUAUGCCUCACCAGUCUAUGUUUAAGACUUUUCACAAUAUUUUGCACAUUUAUGAGAAGUGGCUCUUUAUGACCAAAACUUCUAUGAGAUUUUACCUUCUUCUAAAUGAAGUAGACCCAUAUAGGACAUGCAAAUCAAAAAGGUCCAUAACAAAAGUCAUGUUCUUGUGGGUGGUUAGGAGACCAUUUGUUGAUGAUAAUGGAGCUGUUUUAUGGGAUGGUAAAGUUGGCAUAUUCUAUUUCACGUUGUUUUAUGGGAUAGUAAAGUUGGCAUAUUCCAUUUCACUGAAAGUGUGAAAGCCAAAAGAAAGAGCAAGAAUAUGCCUAAAGGGGUGUUGGAAGUAAAAGCAACUAAUAGUUUUACCAAACAAGUCACAAAAGACGUGCUUAUUAAUAAAGUCAUUCAAGGAAUCUAGGAAAAGUAUCCAUCAUAGUUAUCAAAGAACAUUUACAUUCACCAAGAUAAUGCAAGGUCACACAUUCAAGGUUUGCACUCAGACUUUGUUGCUCCAGGUAACACAAAUGGUUUUCACAUUACUCUAGAUAACUAACCCCCCAUCUCCCCAUACUUAAAUGUGUUGAACCUUGGGUUUUUCAAAGCCAUACAGUCAUUACAAGAAAAGUGUGCUCCAAUUAAUGUGGCGGAGUUGUUAGAGACAGUUUUAAGUUGCCUUAUAUGGGGAAAGACAGACUAGACAGGGCAGGGACACAACUUAAGUGAUUGAACAUAGACCCAGACAUAAUUUUGAAGGCAGCAACACUGCUUAGACAAAGAAAUGGGACUACACAUGAACACAUGAUUGAGUUCAACACUGAAGAGGGAGAUGAAUACCUAUCUUUAGAGUUAAACUGAAUGAAAUGAAAGUAAGAAAUGUUUUUUUGGGGUGGGGUUGGGGGUUGGGGGAGUUGGUUUUUCAUAGUGGCAGGUAGUGUGGUUUUCUAAGUGCUUACAAGUUUUAGGUUUUUCUUAAUUGUAGACACACUGGGUUUUUUAUCUUAUGCAUAUAUACUCAGAACAAGGCAACUACACUACUUAGUUUAUAUGUACUUACAGCAGUGAGCAUUAUGUAAAGAUGCACUUCAUCAUGGCCAAAUUCAUCAUUGCCAAAUUUUUGUUAUGUUAAUGCCACUUCAUCAUUGCCAAAUUUUUAAGAUGCAAACAUAUACAUAAGACAGAAAAGAAUACUUAAACCCAAAUGGUCAUCAUAGUAGGUUACAUUUUUCUCAGACAAAUUCAUGUCCUAAAUUGAUGUCUUCACAGAAAAUGACAACAUAGAUUAAGUACUAAAAAACACUCCCACAUGGUAAAUUUAUCAUCCUAGUACAUAUUGUUUUCUUUGAUAAGGAAAACUUAAUCCCAGUCAUCACAAAAUUUGGCCAACAGAAAUCAUAUAUACACCAUUCUAUAGCAUGCAAACAUUCUCAUAAUAGAAUCACACCAUCAACAAAUCAACAGUCAUAAUUAGGCAUGAACAAGCAGUCAUCACAAAAAUAAAGGCACGAAGAGAAAGGAUGUGAAAGUUACUCCCCUACAUGUACUUUGAAGUUCAAAAGUUAGGGUCGAGAGUGGGAAGUAAGAUGUUCAGCAUAUCGAUGUGGGGGUGCAUGCGUGAAUAGAUCCUUGGAGAAAUCUCAAUACUAGUCGUAUCAAACCCCUCUAUCUCAUCACUGUCAAUUUCUUCAAUGAAGAACUCAGCCUCCUCACUCCCAAGAACAAUAACGGAGUCUGUGGCAGAGGUAAGGUCGAUUACCUCCUUGUCUAUGACCGGGGCAGCAUCAGCACCAUCGUCGUUAUUGUCGAUGACCUCGUCCUCCUCGUUGUCGUCAGAGAUGAAGGGGUAGCCACCAUCUCCAAACUGUGUUUCUGGAAUACGUGAUUCGUAAAGGAAAUCACGAGAUUCCAUUCAAUAGAGUAGAAAUCUAGGGUUCUUGGAGGGGAGAGUAAUUUAGGGUUCGCCGAAGCAGAUGAAGAUUUAAGACAAUCUGGUUGUGCGAGAGAGGGAGAGAAACUGAGUAGAUCUAUACAUAUCUAGAAGGUGCGAAGAAGUAAAUGAGGAGAGGAACGGUUGUGGAACUCUGUAA